UAAUGUAAGAUAUUGACUUUGAAUAUAGGUAAAUACUAUCUAAUCUGUUAAAUGUUUCUUCAUAUGUAUUUGACCAGAACUAAUAUAAAUUCACAUUCCAAAACUAUUCCAAAACUCUCAUCCUUACAGUUGCAUUAGAAAAGAAGAAAAUGAACGGCGAAGGAAAGGUGGUCUGCGUCACGGGAGCUUCCGGGUAUAUAGCGUCUUGGAUUGUUAAGCUAUUGCUUCAACGUGGCUACACCGUUAGGGCCACCGUUCGUGACCCAAAUAAUCAAAAGAAAACGGAUCAUCUUCUCCAACUUGAUGGUGCAAAAGAAAGACUCAGCUUAUUCGGAGCAAAUCUUUUAGAGGAAGGCUCUUUCCAGCAUGCAAUCGAUGGAUGUGAAGCUGUCUUCCAUACCGCUUCACCGGUUUUGCUCACUGCCGAGGAUCCUCAGGCUGAGCUGAUCGAACCAGCAGUCAAAGGUACUUUAAACGUCCUAAAGACUUGUGUCAAAAUGUCUUCUGUCAAAAGGGUCAUCUUAACAUCGUCCAUGGCUGCCGUCAUUGCUCAUGCGUCCCCCACUGGACCAAACGGCGUAGUAGAUGAAACCAUGUUCUCUGAUCCAAGUUUUUGUGAACAGAGAAAGCAAUGGUAUGCACUCUCGAAGACUUUGGCCGAAGAUGAAGCAUGUAAGUUUGCCAAGGCUAAUGAAAUGGACUUAAUCGUAAUGAAUCCAGGACUUGUAAUUGGACCAAUCUUGCAGCCAACUCUUAAUUUCUCCGUAGGCGUGGUUGUUGAACUUACAAAGGGGAAGGAUCCUUUUAUGAGCAAAAGUUAUAGGUUUGUGGACGUGAGAGAUGUUUCUUUAGCUCAUAUCAAGGCACUUGAGACUCCAUCAGCCAAUGGUAGAUAUAUCAUUGAUGGUCCGGUCAUUGCGACAUUAAAAGACAUUGAGAAAGUUUUGCGCGAGUUCGUUCCUGAUUUGUGCAUUGGUGAUGAUAAGAACAAUGAGGACAUUGAUCUUGAUUUAGUGACAUACAAGGUGUCUGUUGAGAAAGUGAGGAGUUUGGGAAUUGAAUUCACUCCUACAGAAACAAGCCUUAGAGACACUGUUCUCAGUCUGAAGGAGAAAUGUCUUCUGUGAUUCUCUUUGUUGUUUUAUUGUACUUAUUAUUGAUUUCACUAUUAUAGUGACAUGAAUAAGUAAUCUGUCUUAAAAAUAAAGAUAUAAACAAUCGUAUUGCCCCCAAACUAUGUUAUUUACUUGUGUCUUGUGCCAUCCCCAAUCUUUUUAAUCCGAACUUCUCAACACAAAACUGUAUUUAAAAAAUAUAUAUAUUUGACCCAAAUAUAUAUAUAUUAUAAAAUUUUAUUAAUAAUUUAAUAAAUUAAUUAUUAAAAUUAAUAUCAAAUUUUCUCAAAGAAGAGACUUUAGUAAGUUUUCCAAUUUUUACAAAAUACCAAUAAAAUUUUGUACUCAUACUUAAAAAUUAAUACUCCAUUUAAAUUUGGAAAACUAUUAAUGACAAUCUUAUUAGAGUUUCUCUUUUUGCUAUUCCAAUUUUUUGUGUCGUGAUCUCUAUCCAAAUUUUAAUUAAUCUAUUUAAUAUAAUUAUUUUCUUGUAUUUUUCGUGUUUAUUACAUUUUAGAUCUUAUUGGAUGAAUGAAGGCACUUGUUUUGCUCUUAUUUUAAUUGAAUAAAUUGUUGAGGUGUCGUGAGCUCGAGGUUAUCAAGUAACGUGGCAAAUGCGAGUUUCGCCGUUCCCAAGGCAAUGCAAUACAUUCUGUUUGAAGUUUCAACCCUCUCUUCUGGUUUCUUUUUCAAGAUCCAUACCAUUUCAAACUUGUAAGAAAACUAUUUGCAGCUGGAAGUCUAAAGUUUAUGGGGAUAAUAAGCAUUCAGACAGCGAUGGAUCUGAUCGUCGCUGGUUUCUCUCUGAUGAUCGGAUUUGGUAUCUUUGCUAUCAUCGCCUCUGUCCUCUGCUCUGUCGUUUUCAUCCACCAUGUCAGAGAGGCUCCUUCUAACCCCUCCCUUUUAAGUUCUCGCCGGGGAUAAACAUACGUAAGAGAUAUUCCUUUUAUACACCCUUCCUUCCAUGCUUUUCCAGUUGUUAAUACAAUAAAACACAAGUAAUUACAAGUUUCAGACUCGUUAGAGAUCUACUUAUUUAAUUUAAGUAUUGUAAUAGCUCUCUCAAACAACGGCUGCAUUCUUUGCAAA